AAUGUUUAUCCUCAUGAACAUUUUCUGCUUAUUGUACUGCAACAACCCCUUUAAGAACUAUGGAGUGACUGAAACAGGAAUGUCACAUGUUUCUUGUUCUUGCCCCAAAGCCUUAACGAGCUCUUUCUCACACCAAUUCUGAAAUCAUCUGGUUGGUGAUUAGACAGUGGACUCUCUUUUCUGAGAAUGGGGCUAUUACUGUUCAGAGCAUCAAACUGCAUCUCUUUAUAAUCACAACCUUUCAGAUCCAUCUUGAAACUGAAGGGGUGCGUCAAAAAGUUUUGUAAUAAUACACAAAUCAUACGCCUUCUGUAUUACUUUGUACGAAGUGUUAUUACUUGGUCACCACUCCCCAAGCUGGCUGAAAGAGUUUAUUUAAUUUUUUAGAGCACAUUUAAUUUUUCUUCUCAGAUUCUUGAUUUUUCUGCUUCUCCUCCGUGACUUACCGGAGAUUUAUUUCAUCUCCUUAAUAACCGGUAAAGGUUCCUGAUUCGAUUCAUCUGUGCUUUCUUAGAGAUACUGGUAGUUCGUUAGUUAAAUUUAGGGUUUUGAGGUUUGAGUGUAGUUUGGAUCCCAGAAAUCCUCUGUUAGUUUACGAAUUUUGUUGUUUGUUCAUUGGGUUUGCUAAUUCACUGUAUGUUGAAGUGUUGUCAGUUGUUCAGUAAGUAGAAUUUUGAUUCCUAGAGAUUAGGGUUUCUUAGAUUACUGUGCUGGUGAUUUGAUUUACUAUAUAUGAAUCAUGAUUUUGUUAACUUGAAUCGCCUUGUGAUUGUGGAAUGGGCUCAGUUGUGGAGUUGCAUAUUGUUGAUUUAGAUUCUUGUCUUAGAAAAUAACAAAGUAAAAGAGGGACCAGACAGUGGUGGGGGAAGGAAGAUGGAGAGCAAUAUAUUUGAAGCAGCAGUAGCAAAAGAAAUCGCUGAGAGGAAGUUUACCGCACAGGAUAUUGCUGCGAAGAAUAUAGUGUGCGGGGAAGCAGAUUGGUAUGGUAUUCUUGGUGUGAGUCAGUAUUCAGAUGAUGAAACAGUUCGAAAACAAUACAAGAAACUGGCUCUAUUGCUUCACCCGGACAAGAACCAAUCAGUUGGGGCAGAUGGAGCAUUUAAGCUCAUUUCACAGGCAUGGAGUUUGUUGUCUGAUAGGACUAAAAGAGCAGCAUAUGAUCAAAUGAGGUUUCCUAGAACAUCUCAUCCCGAAGUUUCAACCACAGCAAGUGGUCCAUCCUCCACAGACGCAAAUGUUUUCUGUCAAUAUCAAGGUGCUAAGAAGAAGACAAACAAUGAUCUGUUUUAUGGCUUAGCGGGAUGGGUGGUUCUUGCAGUUGCCAUUGUUGCUUGGAUUGGAAUGGUGAAAUCCCAGGUUCCACUAUAAUAUCACUGCACUACUGGGUUUACUCUUAGAUGUAUAAGCUAACAAGUUCCAAGACUCGCUAUUGUGGUGCUGCAUUUUGGGUACUACGGUUGUAUUUUUUACCAUUCACCCAGUAGUGUAUAUGGCUCAUCAUCUAUAUAUUUAACUUGAUCUUGUCCUGGAAA